AUGCUGAACGGUCGUCUUUCGUUAAUGCGACGUUGCAUGGAAUACCGUGCUGACAUCACAUCGCCGGACUCGCCGUCGGUGGCCCGCACGGUGACCCGUAGCAAAGCUCGAUCUCGCCUGCGGUUUGACAGUGGUGCCUACUCUUCGUCUACUGAAUACGUAGAUUCGCCGGAUUCCGACUGUUAUCGGGAUAAUGAUGCCGAAGUUUUCGCUAGCAGUGUUGGGGGAAGCAACAAUACCGCGGAUUCUGACCUCAUCCAUGCAUUCGCCGGGAGGUGGAUCGUGUCAGACGAUUUCAUGUCGCCAUUGAGGCAGGUUGACAGGCGGCGACCUUCGCGGUCCGACGACAGUGGCCUGAAUGAUUGCAGUGUUAUUGAUGGAAGCAGUUCACCUGAUCGCUUUAAGGCGGGUUCUUCGUUUUCGUUUGUCCCCGUAUCAGAAGAAGUGUGCUCUUCGGUCAUGAAGUUGGAGAAUCCAGAGGGAGCUUUGGAAUUGGUGUUCGAUGGAUCUGCGAUUGCAUCGCUGGGUCAAACUGGUCUGAUUCCCAUUGGAUCUCCACAGACUGCAGCACUGGUCCGCAGGAGGAUCCCUAAACUUGGUCAAAAGUCCUCCGUUUCCGAUUUCAGCAUCAGCUACAAAAGUGAAAUGGGUGUCUGUGGAAACUUUCUCAUGGAGUCCGACGAGAACCUAUCCCCAGCUGCGUCGUCAUCGGCGUCGACUCUGCCUCCGCAAACACCGCCCGCCUUGCACCAUAUGAUGGACACCAAUCAGCUGACUCCAGUAAAGUUCUUCGGCUCACAGACUCCGUCGAAAGUACUACCGUUUUCGCCGACUCAGGUGCUAGCUUCUACGGAUGAAUUUUUUAACGGUAGCUUAGCGGCCCUCACUUCAACGCCUCUGCCGACGUCGGCAACGAGUGCCAGUCAUUUUCGAUACAAUGAUGAAUUGGUAGUUCACCACUGCGAAACACAAUCUCUUCGAAGGGCAGAAGACCUGCAGUCGUUGGACACUCCGAAGGAGUACACUUGCGAGGCGGCUGCAAGUCGCAAUGCUGAAUGGAAAGGUACCGGAGCAGACUCUUUGAAAGCGCUUCUUUUGAGAACACCGACUCCAUUCAAGAAAGCCUACGCAGCUGUCGAGAGAAGGGGAGGACGAAUAUAUGAAACGGAACUGUUGCGCAGUCCGCCUGACUUUGAGGACGUGCGUGAAAUUAUCUCGAAAGAUUUGUUCAUGGCGUCCAAUAAUCAUCGAAGGAAACGACACUAUCGUUUUAAAGCGAAAAGUUUUUGCAAUGCAGAAAAGCGCCAAGAGAAGAAAGCGGCGACGCCGAUGUGGUUGUGGUUCCCAAGUACUGGUCACGUUUGCGUGAUUCAGUGGGAACGCGGUGCUGCUCACCACCGACACGACGUGACCCACAAACCAGAUGCGCAUGAUCAUUGA